CCUCGCGAGAGCUCGGCGCGGCGGAGCGGCCGACAUGGAGCCGAGUGGCGGCCCCGGGCCGGGCCCUGUCCCGGUCCCGGGGAACAACAAGGGCCGCGGUGGGGCGGCCGCGCCCGGGAGGGGCCGCGACCUGGCCCGGCCGCCGCGCAAGGACUCCGAGGGCUAUUCGGAGUCGCCAGACCUGGAGUUUGAAUAUGCAGACACGGAUAAAUGGACAGCAGAGCUGUCAGAGCUGUACAGCUACACAGAGGGGCCAGAGUUCCUGCUCAACCGAAAAUGCUUCGAGGAGGACUUCAGGAUCCACAUGCGGGACAAGAGGUGGCCGGAGCUGGAGCGGACGCAGCACCGCACGCACGCCAUGCGCCUGCUGGACGGGCUGGAGGUGACCGCGCGCGAGAAGCGGCUGCGCGUGGCACGCGCCAUCCUCUACGUGGCACAAGGCACCUUCGGGGAGUGCAGCUCCGAGGCCGAGGUCCAGGCUUGGAUGAGGUACAACAUCUUCCUCCUGCUGGAGGUGGGAACGUUCAACGCCUUGGUGGAGCUGCUCAACAUGGAGAUUGACAACAGCGCAGCCUGUUCCAGUGCCGUGAGGAAACCGGCCAUUUCCCUGGCUGACAGCACCGACCUCAGGGUGCUGCUGAACAUCAUGUACCUGAUUGUGGAGACUGUGCGCCAGGAGGCCGAGGGGGACAAGCCUGAGUGGAAGAGCAUGAGGCAAACCUUCCGAGCAGAGCUGGGAGCCCCUCUGUACAACAAUGAGCCCUUCUCUGUCAUGCUCUUUGGGAUGGUGACCAAAUUCUGCAGCGGCCAUGCUCCACACUUCCCCAUGAAGAAAGUGCUGCUUCUGCUCUGGAAGACUGUGCUGUGCACCCUGGGAGGGUUUGAGGAGCUGCAGAGCAUGAAGGCAGAGAAGAGGGAGAUGCUGGGCCUGCCCCCCCUGCCCGAGGACAGCAUCCAGGUGAUCCGCAACAUGCGCGCGGCCUCCCCGCCCGCCUCCGCCUCCGACCUCAUCGAGCAGCAGCAGAAGCGCGGCCGGAGGGAGCACAAGGCCCUCAUUAAGCAGGAUAACCUCGAUGCCUUCAACGAGCGGGAUCCGUACAAAGCUGAUGACUCCCGCGAGGAAGAAGAAGAAAAUGAUGAUGACAACAGCCUGGAGGGAGAGACCUUCCCCCUGGAACGGGAUGAAGUGAUGCCCCCCCCUACCCAGCACCCCCCCAGCGACCGCAUCACCUGCCCCAAAGGGCUGCCCUGGGCCCCCAAGGUCCGGGAGAAGGACAUUGAGAUGUUCCUGGAAUCCAGCCGCAGCAAAUUCAUCGGCUACACGCUGGGCAGUGACACCAACACCGUGGUGGGCUUGCCCAGGCCCAUCCAUGAGAGCAUCCGCACCCUGAAGCUGCACAAGUACACGUCCAUUGCUGAGGUGCAGGUGCACAUGGAAGAGGAGUUCCUGCGCUCCCCGCUCUCCGGAGGGGAAGAGGAAGUGGAGCAAGUCCCUGCAGAGAUCCUGUACCAGGGCCUGCUGCCCAGCCUGCCCCAGUACAUGAUUGCUCUGCUGAAGAUCCUCCUGGCUGCAGCCCCCACCUCCAAAGCCAAGACAGACUCCAUCAACAUCCUGGCAGAUGUGCUGCCCGAGGAGAUGCCGACCACUGUGCUGCAGAGCAUGAAGCUGGGCGUGGAUGUCAAUCGGCACAAGGAGAUCAUUGUCAAGGCCAUCUCUGCUGUGCUGCUGCUCCUGCUCAAACACUUCAAGCUCAACCACAUCUACCAGUUUGAGUACAUGGCCCAGCACCUGGUCUUUGCCAACUGCAUCCCGCUCAUCCUCAAGUUCUUCAACCAGAACAUCAUGUCCUACAUCACUGCCAAGAACAGCAUCUCUGUGCUGGACUACCCCUACUGUGUUGUGCAUGAGCUGCCAGAGCUGACGGCAGAGAGCCUGGAGGCUGGAGACAACAACCAGUUCUGCUGGCGGAACCUCUUCUCCUGCAUAAACCUCCUGCGCAUCCUGAACAAGCUGACCAAGUGGAAGCAUUCCCGCACCAUGAUGCUGGUGGUGUUCAAGUCGGCGCCGAUCCUGAAGCGGGCUCUGAAGGUGAAGCAGGCCAUGAUGCAGCUCUACGUGCUGAAGCUGCUCAAGGUGCAGACCAAGUACCUGGGCAGGCAGUGGAGGAAGAGCAACAUGAAAACCAUGUCAGCCAUUUACCAGAAAGUGCGGCACCGCCUCAACGACGACUGGGCCUACGGCAACGACCUGGAUGCCCGUCCCUGGGAUUUCCAGGCAGAGGAGUGUGCCCUGCGUGCCAGCAUCGAGCGCUUCAACUCGCGGCGCUACGACCGUGCCCACGGCAACCCCGACUUCGUGCCCGUGGACAACUGCCUGCAGAGCGUGCUGGGCCAGCGUGUGGAGCUGCCCGAGGAUUUCCAGGUCAACUACGACCUCUGGCUGGAGAGGGAGGUCUUCUCCAGGCCCAUCUCCUGGGAGGAGCUGCUGCAGUGAUGGACACAGGGAGGCAGGGUGGGUUGCUUGGAGAGCUCGAGGCUGACCUGAGGUUUGGGGGGUCUCUGGGUGGCUGUGCUGUCGUGGUGGGCUUGGGGAGAUGAUGGAGC